AGAUCACCUGCACUCAUAAAGCUCGACCGGUCCAUGAGGAGUCAGUCAUCUUCAAUAGUCCACUUUAUUUGUCUUUCAGUAGUACAUGCUCAAGAGAACACAACCAGCCCAAGAAACUCCACACACGCCCCUCACGGUAACCAUUUGAAAAUCUUGCACUUAUCGUUAUCGACCCCGCAUGAUGACGGUCAUGCAACUCGACCAGGAGCAACUAGACGAGAUCUACGCGUUUGCGGUAGACCUCGGUCGUAAAGCAGGUCAGCUUUUACUAGACAGCAUUGAAAAGCGGAUCGCGGGUGAGGGGAGCCAGUCGGUGGAAGAAAAAGAGAAUGCAGUGGAUAUCGUGACUCAGACGGAUGAAGAUGUGGAAGUAUUUAUCAAGACCGCGAUUAACGACAAAUAUCCUUAUCAUAAGUUUCUUGGGGAGGAGACAUACGCCAAAGGACAGUCUAGAGACUAUCUCAUCGAUGAACAGCCAACAUGGUGUAUUGAUCCAUUAGAUGGAACGGUUAACUUCACUCAUAUCUUCCCCAUGUUCUGUGUCUCCAUCGGCUUUAUCGUCAACCACAAACCCGUCAUUGGAGUCAUUUAUGCUCCUUUCCAAGACCAACUUUUCUCAUCAUGUAUCAACCGUGGUGCCUGGCUUAAUGAAAAGCGUCGUCUUCCACUCAUCCGCAACCCAUCUAUCCCACCGAUGCCCGCUAAUGCACCCAGCAAAUGUGUCUUUUCCUGUGAAUGGGGGAAGGAUCGCCGUGAUAUUCCCGACGGCAACAUGCACCGCAAAAUUGAGAGCUUUGUGAACAUGGCCGCUGAGAUCGGAGGGAGGAAUGGAAAGGGAGGAAUGGUUCAUGGUGUCCGGAGUCUGGGGAGUGCGACGUUAGAUUUGGCGUACACUGCGAUGGGAUCGUUCGAUAUCUGGUGGGAGGGUGGCUGUUGGGAAUGGGACGUGGCUGCUGGAAUUGCGAUCCUCCUUGAAGCGGGCGGCUUGGUCACAACUGCUAAUCCACCAGCGGAUCCUGACACUGCCCCAAUUGGGGAUGUGCGACUGGGUAGCCGCUUGUACUUGGCUAUUAGACCGGCAGGACCGUCGGCAACCGAGACCGGUCGACAGACACAGGAGAGAACAGUGAGGGAGGUAUGGAAGCGUGUACGAGAACUUGAAUACACACGGCCUGGUGCUUAAUUCUUUCCUCAAGUUUUAUCAAUCUCUUGGCUUUCUAAGGAUUAUAUAGACGACCAGACUUAUAGAAGGACUCGUGUCAGUUCAUGACGACAUAUCUAAUCUUAUCACAUAUGCUAUGCUCUAG